AUGUACGCCGCUCAGAAUAUAACGCCAACAGUUUUGGAUGCCAUGAACGGAAAUGUUUCCGAAUGGUAUAACGAAUGCGACAAUGCCAUUAGAAGGUCAGAAAUAGUUCCUGGAACUUACGAAUAUACAACUGCUGUUUCUUAUGGAAACUUAGGUGAGUUUGGAGAAGGUUCUUCAACAACAGUAGAUAUUGCUUGCGACAGGUUUCAUAUUAUUUCUAUUGACAACUCAUUCUUAUACGUGGAACAAGACAUUGAAAUAAAACCUUCUGCCAAGUUGUCUGACAAGAAAGGUUGCAAUGGAAUUUUCUAUGUCGGAUACCAAUAUGCUCCAGAAGUUUUCAUGGGAUAUAAGAUAUAUUCUAACUCUGACUUAGUUCAAACAGUAACAUGGGCAAACUAUGAAUGGUUCGCUUUGAGAAACUCAGUACAACCACAAGCUAGAGAACAAACAGACCAGUAUGCAACUAUUGAGAAAAUAAGAAGACUUGACCCUAACGUUCCAGGAGUUUAUGUUAACCUUUCUGGACAAACUGCAGCAGCAGUAACCAAAGUAAAACUGAAACUUAGAGUUCCUUUGUCAUCUUUCCUCAUCUUCAGGUUUUUAAGAUACUUGCCAAACUGGGCAGGAAAAAUUUCUAUCGAACUUACUCCAAGCAAAAAUAACUUAGUCAUUGCACCAACACAAGACCCAUUCACUCUUACAGACGUAAAGGGAACAAAUAAAACGUCAUUCGCCGAAUUUUGCAAAGACAAAGUUGACUUAGACUUUGGUUUCUCAAACCUCAACACUGAAGUAAACUAUUAUUUCAAUGCUGCUGGAGAUGCUUGGGACCCAGUUAAGUUCACAUGCGAAAAAUUUGAAUGCAAGAGAAUAGAAAGCAGACUUGCAGUCUAUAUGUUGGACCCAGAUAUUUCAAAUGCUUUAGCUGCCAAAUAUAUUGCAGUUCCACUUAUGUUCCCUAUACACCAAAUAUCUGUCAAAGACUU